GCGUCGUGACGUACGUCGUCUCGUUUCCCUCCGCGCUGACCAAGCUAGCAGUGCAGCUAGCGACACAAUUUCCAACCCUGUCGGCCGUUAUUAGGAUUUAAUUUAUUUAGUUGCAAGCAAGACGCUCGGUUGGGGGAAAGUGAGGAAGUCGUCGCCGAAGUUCCCCCGUGCUGGGCAGCUAGCAGGGCAAGAUGUUCAACAAGUCCUUUGGGACCCCCUUCGGUGGAGGCUCGGGGGGCUUUGGCACCUCUUCCACCUUCGGGCAGCAAAACGCGGGCUUUGGGACCACGGGGGGGUUUGGUACGUCUGCGUUCGGGGCGACCACCAACACCGGAGGGCUCUUUGGCACCACACAGAAUAAACCCGGCGGCUUGUUCGGAACCAGCACCUUCAGCCAGCCGGCGACGUCCUCCACCAGCACCAGUUUUGGCUUCGGGGCACCCAGCGCCACCUCCUCCAGUCUGUUUGGCAACACGGCGGCAGGGAACACGGCGGCCGGCGGGCUCUUCUCGCAACAGAACAAUGCUUUCAGCGCCAACAAACCCACAACCUUCGGAAGUUUCGGGACAAGCACCACCAGCGGCGGGCUCUUUGGGUCUGCCAACACCACCUCCAACCCUUUCGGAGGGGCCACGUCCUUGUUUGGCGGCUCGGGCUUCUCUGCCGCGCAGCAGCCCGGAACGACCGUCAAAUUUAACGCUCCAACUGGAAACGACACCAUGGUGAAGGCCGGCGUGACCACAAACAUCAACACAAAGCACCAGUGCAUCACCGCCAUGAAAGAGUACGAGAACAAAUCCCUGGAGGAGUUGAGGUUGGAAGACUACCAGGCGGGACGAAAGGGCGGCACCAACCAGAUGCCCGCCGCGACGGGCGGCCUGUUCGGCGCCGCCGCCACCACCUCCAGCGCGCCGGCCGGCCUGUUUGGGUCCGCGGCGUCCAACAACAACUUCUCGUUUGGCCAAAAUAAGAGCACCUUCGGUCAAGCCUCGACGGGGGGCUUCAGUGGCACCGCGGGGGGCCUGUUCAGCCAACCCAACCAGCAGCAAGCCGGGAGCCUCUUCAAGCCGUUCGGUCAGGCCACCACUGCUCAGAGCAGCGGCUUUUCCUUCGGCAACACCAAUACCAUGGGUCAAGCCAGCACCAGUACCAUGGGUCUGUUCGGCAACACAGCAGCGUCUCAGUCGGGCAGCUUGUUCGGCACCGCCCAGACGAGCGCCGCCACGGGCUUCGGCGCCGCCACCGGUCUCUUUGGCCAAGCCGGCGCCGGCUUUGGGAACGUGGGCACUCAGCCGAGCAUAUUCGGGAACAAAGCGACGGGCUUUGGCACCACCACUACCAGCGCCCCGUCCUUUGGGACCGGCACCGGACUUUUUGGCAACAAGCCCGCGCUGACGCUUGGAACCGGCGCCAACCCUUCCACAUUUGCCGGCUUUGGCGCAAACGCCGCUGGAGGGAAUCUUUUUGGCAACAAGUCAACCGCCGGAGGGCUCGGAACCGGACUGGGAACCACCUUCGGAGCAGUGGGCACCGGGACCGCGUCCCUCUUUGGGAACAACCAGAACAAAUUGGGCUCCACACUGGGAACGAUGGGAACGUUCGGGACAAGCGGCUUCACCAGCGGCACGGGCGCGAUCGGCUUCGGAGCGCCUCAGCAACCUGUCGCGCUCACCGAUCCGAACGCGGCCGCAGCCCAGCAGGCCAUGCUGCAGCAGCAGUUCAGCGUGCUAGCGUACUCGCCCUACGGGGACUCUCCGCUCUUCCGAAACCCUCUGUCGGACCCCAAGAAGAAGGAGGAGCGUCUGAAACCCACCAAUCCGACGGCCCAGAAAGCCCUGACCACGCCGACACACUACAAGCUGACCCCCCGACCGGCGACCAGGGUCCGCCCCAAAGCGCUGACCUCAUCGGGUGGCUCCAAGUCGCAGCUGUUCGACGGCCUGGACGACGACGAGCCCUCGCUCACCAACGGCGCCUUCGUUCCGAGGAAGAGCAUCAAGAAACUCGUGCUGAAGAACUUGAACAGCAGCCAGUACAGCAGUCCCACAAAUAAAGACGCUGAGGAUCUGGGCUUGGCCUUGGCGUACCCUCAGAACGGACACAGCCAAAAUGAGGACGACGAGCCGAGGUCGGCGCCGGCCCCCGACGACGACGCGGAGAUCACGCAGUUCUACGUCAACCCCAUCGCCAAGCCGGUGCCGCAAGGCCGCACCCAAGCCAGCCUGCAGGACACAAUCUGCGAGCUCAACAUGCACAAGGCCGCCAGGAACGGCCUAGAGCUGAGCAGCGAGGACGUGUCGGCAUCUCUGGGCGAGGAGUCCCUGCAGGAGGAGGGCGACGACGUUCUACACGAGUCCGCCCGGCCUCCCCACCCUGCAGGCAUCGUGCUCAGGCGGGUGGGUUACUACACCAUCCCCUCCAUGGACGAGUUGGCCGACAUGGUGGACGACGGCGGCGAGUGCGUGGUGGAAAACUUCACAGUCGGCAGGAAAGGUUACGGCUCCAUCUUCUUUCCCGGAACGGUGAACGUGACCGGACUCGACCUGGACCAGAUUGUUCACUUCAGACGCAAAGAAGUCAUCGUGUACCCAGAUGAUAAGAACAAGCCGGCCGAGGGCGAGGGGCUCAACAGGCGGGCCGAGGUGACCCUGGACGGCGUUUGGCCCAACGACAAGACGAGCUGCACGCAAAUCCGAAGCCCCGAGCGCCUCGCCGACAUGAACUACGAAGGCCGGCUGGAGAAGGCGGCCCGUAAACAAGGAGCCCGCUUCCUGGAUUACAGACCGGAGACCGGGUCUUGGGUCUUUGAGGUGGCUCAUUUCUCCAAGUACGGCCUGCAGGACUCUGACGAAGAUGAGGACGUUCCACUCAAGACCGAUGCCAAGAAGCUCAAGACAAAGAUGUCACUUCCUGCCGCUAGGCCGACGCAGACUCCUCCCCACUCCCAACACGGGGCAGCACCGCAUGCUCAGGUAGCGACGACGCUACAAAACUGCCAGGUGGCCGCGUUCUUCCCGUCUCAUCAGACGACGGCGGUUGUGGAUCUGGUCGGCUCCGCGGUGGAGUUGGACAGCGACAUGGCCGACGUCACUCAAAGCUUUCCGCCGGAGGCCGCGCCGGCUGACGACGACGACGACGGAGGCGAGCUGGCGGAGGUUCCGUGGGACGCCGCGGGUGCCGAGCGAGAAGACUUCUCACCGUCGGGCCACGUGGCGUCCUCCCUGGGCAUCAACCCGCAUUCCCUACAAAUCAUGAAGGCGUCGCUGUUUGCUGAGGAUGAGGACGAGAGCGACUUCUUCCAGGAACACGUGAAGGUCCCUUCCGACUUUUCCUCGCCGCGCCUCGUCCUCUCGGGGCGGCCCUCCGCGGGCGGUCUCCUUCAGGCCCGCUUUUCCUCAGGCUUGCCCUCCCAGCUGCCCGAUUCGCCUCGCAGGCCCACCCUCGCGGUGUCCCAGGUCGAAACCGCUCGCUCGCAGCACUGGCUGACGCCCUCCCCGUCCUCUUCCUUGCUGCCCCCGAAGCCUGCGGAGCCCCCGGUGAGGACUGUUGGGAUCCGGCGUCUGGGAGGCCCCGUUCCCCUGGAAGAGUCGAUCGCACGAGGAAAGGAAAACUUCCUGAUGGAUGCCAGUCUGACGGCAGGGCGUUCGUUUCGGGUGGGCUGGGGUCCGGGCUGGAUGAUGGCACAUUGCGGUAAUUUGCUGAGCUCGGCGCCGGAUGCGGAACUUUGCCACAAACAAGUUGCCACCAACGCGGACUUUGGUUUCCUGCCAAAACCUUCCAGGAACAAGCCGCUGGUCGAAAGCCCCUACAAGGUGGUUUUGGAGCAGCUGGUUGGUCUGGAGCCCCCCGGAGAGAUGAUGAGCGAGGAGCAGAGCCAAGACGCGCUCCAAAGCCCCCUGGAGAUCUGUCUUAAGCACAGCACCAUCACCACGGACGCCUCCGCCUGCCCCCUGAUCCACCCGCAGCCCGGCGUGGCGGCGCUGCAAGACUACGCCAGUUGGGUCACCGAGCUUAGCGACGAGCCGGCGCACGCCAACCCGCUGCUGUCCUACUGGUGCGAGGUGUGGACGCUGUGCGAGGCCCUGUGGGGUCGCCAGGCGCACGCCGAGGCCCUCGACGACUACGAGCGGCAGCUGGAGAGGCGGCGCAGCUUCUCCGCCUGGCUGUCGCGCCGCACCGCUCACCGGGUCGAGGAGGAGGCAGCGCUGGCCGAGAGAGGUCGCCACACGGAGGCCGUGUUCAGCUACCUGACGGGCAACCGCGUCGGCGAGGCGUGUCGCCUGGCGCAGAAGGAAGGAGACCACCGCUUGGCCUUACUGCUGUCGCAGGCCGCCGGCUCGCAGUACAACCGCGAGCUGCUGGCCCUGCAGCUCGCCGACUGGAACUGCACGCAGACCGAUGCCUACCUGACGGAAGAACGCCUGCGGAUCUUCACGCUGCUCGCCGGGAAGCCCGUUUGGCAGACGUCCGACUCUGUGGUGAACACGUGCUCGCGACUCGACUGGAAGCGCUGCGUGGCGGUCCACCUCUGGUUCACGUUGCCACCCACCGCCUCGGUGGCCGACGCCCUCGCCAAGUACCAGGACGCCUUCCAGGGUUCGUGUGAGGGGGGCAAAUACGCCUGCAAGCCCUUGCCGCCAUACCUCGAGGACAAGCAGACAGACGUAAGCGAUGAGGAAGAUGAUGAUGAGGAGGAGGAGGAGGAGUCGAAGCGACCGCUGUACGACGUCUGCUUCCACCUGCUCAAACUCUACAGCGACAGACACUACGGCCUGCAGCAGCUGCUGGAGCCUCUGAGCGGCACCCGGGAGCGGCUGGACUUCCGCCUGAGCUGGCACCUUUGGGGCGUCCUGCAGGCGCUGCGCUUCGGCCACCUGAGUGCGGCGCGCCAGGGCCUCCUUCACGCCAGCUACGCCGCCCAGCUGGAGAGCGCCGGCCUUUGGCACCUGGCCGUCUUCGUCCUGCUGCACAUCCCCGACCACGCCCAGCGGGAGCGCGCGGUGAGGACCGUGCUGGCGCUGCACUGCCCCCUGGAGGACACGGAGGAGUCUCUGCGCAGGGAGCGCUUCCUGACCCGCCGGCUGCUGGUCCCCGAGCCGUGGGUCCACGAAGCCAAGAGCGUUCGCGCGCGCCACCGCGGCGACAAGCACCGGGAGGCGCUGCACCUCUACCGCGCCGGCCACUGGAGCCAGUGCCACCGGCUGCUGGUCACGCACCUGGCGCCGGAUUGCAUCAUCAACGACAACCACGACUACCUGCUGGAGUUCCUGGAGGGGCUCGCGGCGCCCGAGCGCAGCGCCACCGUCCAGGAUUGGGACAGCGUGGGCAAGGUGUACCUGGACUACGUCCAGCUCACCAAGACCCUGCGGGACGUUCAGCAGGCGGAGACGGGCGGCUACGAGCUGGAGCGUCUUCACAGUCAAGUGACGUCUUUGUGCGGCAGGAUCCAGCUCCUGCCUUGCAGGGGCGCCAGAGACCACUUGGCUCAGUCAGAGAUGGCCAAGUGCGUGGCCAACUUCCUGCGGGUGGUGCUGAGUUUGCAGCACGGCCCGGCACCGUGCCAGCUGGCGCCGCACAUCACGCGGCUGCCUAUGCCCGAGGACUACGCCCUGGAGGAGCUGCGAGGCCUCACCGCGUCGUACCUGCGGCAGCUCACCGUCGGCCAAUGAACACCCGGCGUCGACUUAACCAUGAUCAGUACGUUGGGGACAUUUCGCGCGUGCGUGCGUGCGUGCGUGUGCGUGUGCGUGUGCGUGUGUGUGUGUGUGUGAGAGAGAGAGAGAGCGAUCGAGAAAGAGGAAAAGCCGCAAAAUCUUAUGUGAUGUGUUAUGGAACAAAAUGUCCAAUGGUCUAUUUUUGUAGAGGUUUUUUCUUUUUUUUUUGUAAGCAAAUGUUAAACUUUAAAAAAUGUCCUCGCUGAGUGUUUUGAAAAAGGCUUCACGCAGAUUUAGAAAAAAAAAAAAAAAAUUCAACAAGCUUGGAAUUCCUUUUUGUACAAAUAAGCAAAAUAAGGUUACCAUAUUUUACUUAUCCGGUGACAACUUUGGCCUGACGGCGUCGUUUGCGUGUUGAAACAUUUUAAUAAAGUCUGAUCCAAAUAAG